UUGACCCCAACAAGGAGCGUCGGGAGGCUGUGAAGCGGAAGAUCACGCAGUACCUGAGGCGUGCGGAGGAGAUCUUCAACUGCCACCUCCAGCGGGCUGCAGGGGGUGGCAACCCCUCCACCACGGGUUACAGCAGCCUGCGCUUCCGGCCCAUUAGGACGCUGAGCUCAGCAGUGGAGAACCUGAGACGGUGUAAGGUUAUAGGAGUGAUCGAUAAGGUGCAGAUCGUCCAGGAUCCGGCCACUGGUGGAACCUUUAUACUUAAGAGCCUCCCCAAAUCCUACACUGAGACCCGUGAGCGACAGACCAUCAUCCCUCAUGGCGUCCCCUUCAUGGUCAAGCUGCUGUGCUACUAUGCAAAUGAGGACUCCAUCUUCCUCCACCUGGAGCACGUGCAGGGGGAGAUGCUGUGGUCUCACCUCCGCUCCAAGUACUGUCCCCAGCAGGGCUCUGCCAAUUCAAACACCAUUCAAGCCCUGAGGGACCAUGGCAGAGAGGACGGCGUGGGAAGCUCCCAGGGCAGCAGCCAAGUCUCCAUCCUCUCUGCUCAGUCAGGCAGUGGCCUCCUGGGCUCUGCGACCCACCAAGUAUUGGGAACCACUGAUGCCUUGCCCCCUCGGGAGCAGACCCCUGACCCCACGGACCCCUGCUCAGGGAACCACUGCCGGCUUCACCUGGCUCCCGCUGGUGGCACGAGGCCUGCAGCUGGAGGGCAGGAUCUAAGCGUGACCCAGGCUACGUCUGCCAUCGUGGACCAUGUUCCAGCAGCAUCAGCCAAAGGCCCCAGCCACCUUAUCAACCAGGGCCUGGUCAUCUACCCCUGGGAUGCGCUAACCAGCAGCACGGGCUGCGUAUCGGAGAGAGCAGCCUCCCAACAAGACGCUGGGCCACGUGCUGGUGAAAGGCUUGCCCAGACACCCGGCCCCAUACUGAGGACUCUGAGAGAGGGCCAGCCAGGGGCGGGGGAGCCGCUGUCUCGGCGAGUGGCUGAGGUCCCCUGGGCUCGGCCGCUCCUGACCUCCUUGGGUCAGAGGCAGCUUCAUGCAGCAGUUGCCCCGUCCAGCUCUGGCAAGUGCCAUGGGCCUGACCCAGCGGUGCAGGAGCCCUCGUGGGGAGCGAGCCUGACCUGUGGCCAGCUCAGGGAGCAGCUGCUCUCAGGACAGUGCCCGUCUCUGGCUUCCCAUGGGCAUGACCGGAGAGCGUGGGCUGUGAAGGAGGAGCAGGUGCAGCUGUGGGCAGCAGAAAUCCUCCUGGCCUUAGAGGGACUUCACCAACAGGGUGUAUUGUGCCGGGACCUCAACCCCAGGAACCUGCUGCUUGAUGCAGCUGGUCAUGUCCGUCUCACCUUCUUUGGCCAGUGGACAGAGGUGGAGCCCCAGUGCUGCAGCCAGGCACGGGAAGAGCUGUACAGUGCCCCAGAAGUGGGGGGGAUUGUGGAGCCCACCGAAGCAGCUGACUGCUGGAGCUUUGGCUCUCUCUUGUAUGAGUUGCUGACCGGAGUGCCACUGUCCCAAAACCACCCUUCAGGGAUUCAACCUCACACCCAGUUGCAUCUGCCAGAGGGCCUCAGCCUGGCUGCUAUGUCACUGCUCACCGAGCUCCUUCAGUACAACCCGAAGCAGCGUUUGGGCUCUGGAGGAGGUGGCAUGGCGAAGCUGAAGUCCCACUCCUUCUUCAGCACCAUCCCAUGGAACAAGUUGGUGGGCUAG